AACAAAACAAGAUAUAGAACAACAGCAACAACUCAAGUCAAAACAAAACAAAAUUGCUUGCUUGUAUUUACUCUGACGUCUCUGGGCGCACAACACACAAACAGAGCAGAGCAGAGAUACAAUAGAGAAAUAGAGAAUUGAGUACAUAAAAAAACCGAACAAAAUCAAACAAAAGAAAUAUAAACAUUUUAAAAAGUUGAUUGUUUUUUAGUUCAGCAGUUGAAAAAGUGCAGUUGAAAAGUGAAGUUUAUUAAAUAGAGAAAUCUAAAAUAAACGUAAACGAAAAGCAAUUAGCAAUUGAAGAAGUUCUGUGACAGCUGAGAAAUAAAAAAAUUAUUGCAAAAUUGUAAUAAAAAUAAAGAAAGUAUAACGAAAUAUAGCAAAGCAAAUCGAAGCAUUAUUGUGAAAUCUGUUGAGGCGAUUUGAAAUUGAAAGUAAUACAAAAAAAAAAAAAAGAAAAGUGUCCAGUAGGAAGAAGAACCAACAAUGUCUUCGAGCAAUACCAACACAACUUCAUCAUUGUCAUCGUCCUCCUCUAAGGCAGGCUAUGAAAUGAAUUUUAAUCAGGAUUUUACUUCCAUUUCGGUCCUGAGCAAUGAUGGCUUUCGCCUCUACUCGAUCAAUGCCAGCGAUAAAAUUGAUGAAAUUUUCGCCAAAGAAAACACCGAACAGAUACGAAUUGUCGAACGCCUUUUCAAUAGCUCCCUGGUAGUGCUGGUCACUCACCAAAAACCCAACUGUCUGAAAAUGUUACAUUUCAAAAAGAAACAGGACAUCUGCAAUUGUGUCUACCCAUCGGACAUCCUGUGCGUGCGAAUGAAUCGCUAUCGCUUGGUCGUCUGCCUGGCCGAAAGUAUUCACAUUCAUGACAUUCGCGAUAUGAAAAUUUUACAUUCCAUUGAGAAUAUUGCUCCCAAUGAGUUGGGUCUGUGUUCACUGUCGUUAAAUUCGCAUUUGGCAUUUCCCAUCUGCACCACCAGUGGAGAGUUGAGAAUUUUCAAUGCCAAUAAACUGAAAACAGGGCUGACCAUUAAGGCCCAUGAUACAGCUCUCUCGGCAAUGGCAUUUUCACCCAGUGGCACACUCUUGGCUACCGCCUCGGAGCGUGGAACUGUGAUACGUGUAUUUUGUGUUAAGAAUGGCCAGAAAGUUCAGGAAUUCCGACGUGGAGUGAAACGUUGUGUACGCAUUGCAUCGCUGGUGUUUUCCACAACAGGGGACUUUUUGUGUGCCUCCUCGAAUACGGAGACGGUGCACAUUUUUAAGAUUGACACCAAGGCCGUGGAGGCUGCGGAACGCAAGGCUUCUAUUGAUGAUUCCAAAAAAUCCACGGCAAAUGGUACAUCACCAUCCUCCGCCAGCACUGGUACCACAUCCGCCACCUCGGCAUCAAGUACAAAUACAGAAAAUUCCUCUUCGACAACUCCCUCCACAAAACAGCAUCAGCAAUCACAACAACAACCUCCCUCUACUUCAAAUACCACAAAUGCCGUAUCUAAUCCCGCCACAAACCCUGCCUCUAUUUCCUCAGCUUCCAGUAAUUCCUGGUCCAUGAGUGGUUAUCUUUCCAAGGCCAUGUCUUCAUAUUUAAUACCUUCACAAAUUGGUGAUGUCUUGAGUCAAGAUCGGGCCUUUGCCACAGCUGUAUUGGGUCAACCUGGCCUUAAACAUGUCUGUGGCCUGGCACGCAUACAAAAGGAGCUGCGACUCCUGCUGGCCUGUGAAGACGGAUUCCUUUACAUACAUGAGUUCAAUAGUGAAAAGGGUGGACCAUGUAAGCUGCUGCAUGUUCAUGAUUUGCGUUAUACCUUGGAUGGUGUGAUAGAACUCAAUCUCUCCGAUAGCAUGGACAAAAUUUCCUUUUCCGGAAAUUUACCCUCCACACCAACAAGCAACCCUUCCUCAGGUUUCUCAGCGGAUGCUGUCUCACCUUCUGCCGCCGGCGGUGUUUCACCACAUUCCAAGGACUCUGCCUCAUCGUCGCCGCACAGCAAAUCCAGUUCCAUGAGCAGUGUUAGCGUUAUCAUAGAAAAUCCCGAUCCCUCAACUGACAAUUCAUAUGCCAGCAUAUUAAAGGGUACCGAACCCGGGCUGAAUACUCUUACAGCAGAUUCGGCGAAAUUUCGAAAACUUUGUGAUGCCAUUGACACACCUACUAAAUUGUAUGAUGAGCGACAGUUUCCCCCCGUAGCCAUAGCGGCCAAAGAUUGACCGAAAACGGUGACAACAACAACAACAACUGCAACAACAAGCCUAGCUAAAAUGCAACGUUUAAAAUGAUUGCUGCUUAUUAGAAUAGGAAGUCUUCUAUAAAUUGAUGAUGAUGGUUUGAAUCAUGGCUAUUGUUUUAUUUAUUAUAACCAAUUUAUUUUUGUUAAAAUAAAAAAAUCGAAAAAAAAAAUUAAAAUUUCGAAGUAUCUCCAACAAAAAAAACUUAAAAAUGUAAAAAAACCCUACAUUAAAAAAAAAAUAUGAAGCAUACUUAACCAUAGACUUUGUCGAUACUAUGUAUAUGUAUUUCUUAACUCUUAUAUUUAGCAUUUAUUUAAACGAAUAUAUUUAUGAUUUUAUUAAAAUAAUUCAUAUUUUUAGAUAUUUUAUCAAUAUAACUGCUCUAAAACAUUUUAUGACAAAUAAAGUUCAAAUUAGUUGCAAUUUAGAAAUUAAAUUAAAAAAAAAAAUACUCUCAUCUCUAAUUUUUCAUAAUUAAAAAAUAAAUAUGACAAAUAAAACAAAAUAUAUAUUAUAUUAAGUGUAAAAUAAAUAGAAAAAGGAACUAGAAAAAAACUAAAAUAAUUAAAAAGAAAGAUUUUAAAAAUGUAAAAAAAAUAUUAAACUAUUUUGUGUACUAAAGAGAACUCUCCUUUAUAGAAAAAUAAUAAUAAUAAUAAUAAAAUGGCCUUUAGCCUAUAAAGGUAUUAUAGAAACAAAAUAUGCAAAUUAAACUAUCAGAAAUUUUUUCCUUCUAAUUUUCAAAAAUGUAUUCGAAAUUUCCUGUUUUUUUCUAAGAACCACAUAAAACCUCCUUAGCAAUCCUUUCAGUAAAUCCAAAUAUCCAACAGAAACUACCCCAAUUUUGUUCCUUCUAAUUUCCAAAAAUAUAUUUUAGAAAUUUAUUUUUUUUCCAAAACCCUAUAAAAUCCCUUUUAACUUUGUGACAAUCCCUUCUGUAAAUCCAAAUUUAAAAUCAAAAUAUCCAAAUAAAACUAUCACAAUUUUAUUCAUUCUAAUUUUCAAAAAUAUAUUCAAAAUUUCCUCCUUUUCUCAGAGCUAUAUAAAACCCCCAUAGCUUUGUAGCAAUCCCCCUCUAUAAAUCCAAAUUUGAAAUAAAAAUUUCCAAAUUAAACUAUCACAAUUGGCUACCUUCCAAUUUUCAAAAAAAAAAAAAAAUCGAAAUUUCCUGUUUUUUUCUAAGAACCACAUAAAACCCCCUUAACUUUGUGAUAAUCCCCCCUGCAAAUCCAAAUUUAAAAUCAAAAUAUUGAAAUAAAACUACCAAAAUUUGAUUCCUUCCAAUUUUCACAAAAAAAUAAAUUUUCUGUUUUUUUUUCUCAGAACAACAUAAAACCCUCUUAACUUUGCGAUAAUCCCUUACGUUAAUACAAUUUUAAAAUCAAAAUUUCCAAAUAAAACUACAAGAAUUCGAUUCCUUCCAAUUUUCAAAAAAAAAAAAAAAAAAAAAAAAAUUCCUGUUUUUUUUUCAGAACCACGUAAAACCCCCUUUAACUUUGUGACAAUUCCCCACUGUAAAUCCAAUUUUAAAAUCAAAAUUUCCAUAUAAAACUACCACAAUUCAAUUCAAUUCAAUUCAAAAAAAAAAAAAAAAACAAAAAAAAGUCGAAACUUCCUGUAAAUCCAAAUUUAAAGUCAAAAUAUCCAAAUGAAUUGAAACACAAUUUUGUUCUUUUAAUUUCCAAAAAAAACCUUCGAAAUUUCCUUUUUUUCUCUCAGAACCACAUAAAACCCCCUUUAACUUUGUGUCUGUCCUACCAAUGAAGCUACCACAAUUCGACCCCUCCCAAUUUUCAAAAAAAAAAAAAAAAAAAAACAUUCGAAAUUUCCUGUUUUUUUUUCUAAGAACCACAUAAAACCCCUUUUAACUUUGUGGCAAUCUUUUCUGUAAAUCCAAAUUUAAAAUCAAAAUAUCCAACAGAAACUGCCCCAAUUUUGUUCCUUCUCAUUUCCAAAAAAUAUAUAUUCGAAAUUUAUUUUUUUCCCAAAACCCCCUUUAACUUUGUGGCAAACCCCCCCACAUAAAACCCCCUUUAACUUUGUGACAAUCCCCCUAAAAAUCAAAAUACCAAAUGGAACUACCACAAUUUGAAUCUUUCCAAUUUUUUAAAAAAAAAAAAAAAACAUUCGAAAUUUCCUUUCUUUCAAAACCACAUAAAACAAUCUUAAACUUUGUGACAAUCCCUUCGACACUUCCAAAUUUAAAAUCAAAAUAUCCAAAUGGAACUACCACAAUUUGAAUCCUUCUAAUAUUCAGAAACAAAAAUAUAUUCGAAAUUUUCGUUUUCUCUCAGAAGCAUUUAAAACCCCCUUAACUUUGGGACAAUCCCUCCCUGUAAAUCCAAAUUUAAAAUCAAAAUAUCCAAAUGAAAUGAAUCGCAAUUUUAUUCCUUCAAAUUUUUCGAAAAAAAAAAUAUAUAUAUAUAUAUUCAAAAUUUCCUUUUUUAAAACCACACGAAACCCCCUUUACUUUCAAAUUUUCAAAAAAAAUGUAUUCGAAAUUUCCUUUUUUUCAAAACCACACAAAUCUGAAAUCCAAAAAUCCUAAUUUCCAAAAAACCUUUGAAAUUUCCUGUUUUUUUUUUUUCAGAACCACAUAAAACCCCCUUUUACUUUGUGACAAUUCCUCCCUGUAAAUUGAAAUUGAAAUCAAAAUAUCCAACAGAAACUAACACAAUUUUGUUCCUCCUAAUUUCCAAAAAAUAUAUUCGGAAUUUAUUUUUUUUCCAAAACCACAUAAAACCUCCUCUUAACUUUGUGACAAUCUCCCUCUGUAAAUCCAAAUUUAAAAUCAGAAUAUCCAACUGAAACUAACACAAUUUUAUUUCUUCUAAUUUUCAAAAAAAAAAAAAAAAAAAAAUCAAAAUUCCCUUUUUCCUCCAAAAUUUUGUGACAAUCCCCCUAAAUCAUAAUAUCCAACAGAAACUACCAUAAUUUUUCAUAAUUUUUUCCUUCUAAUUUUCAAAAAAAAAAAAAAAAUCCCUUUUUCCUCCAACAAAAAACCCUUUUACUGAACCCCCCUUAACUCUGUGUCAAUCCACCCCCCUCUCUGUAAAUCCAAAUUUAAAAUCAUUCCAUUUUUUUUUUUGAAAUUCACAGAUGUUUCUUUUAUUAUAAAUGUGAUUAGCUAUAGAGAUUUUAUUCUUUCCAUUGGAAUCUAAUGUCAAUGUACCUUAUUAAGAUUAAAAAAAAAACACAUUUUGAAAAUCACAAUAGACGCUACACAUGUGUAUAUGUAUGACUUGUAUAUUCCAAUUAGUUUUAAUUUUUAAGCAAACUGUGUGAACCAACAAAACUACAUAAAACAACAACAAAUAAAUGCAAUAAAUUGAUAUGCAAUAAAUAUGUAUCUCAUGAAGGACGAAACGAAA